AUGUCCUGGGACGAGGGAGAUCGGGGUCGGAGCCGCAGCCCGCGGCCGAGCCCGCGGUCGACUCCCGCGCCCACUCCAUCCGCAGUGUUCUCUCCGGGCAAGUACAAGGAGAGCGUCUUCCAGAAGUUCGGCCGAAGUUCAAGCGCUUUCGCGGACCGCUUCACGGCGGUCGCGAAGACGCACGCUGCCGUGAAGAAGCUGGUGGAAAAGAACGCGGAGCGCCUCGGGGACAAGUAUGACGAGCUAUGCGUCGUGAAGACCCAGGUCGACGAGAUGGAACGGGGCGGCGCCCGCGUCCACGACCUCUUCCUCCUGCGCGUGUUCAUGGCUGUCUUCGGCGGGCCGAGGAGCCCGUGGCGCGCGCAUGACGGGCAGGCGCAUCGGUACCACAACGGAGCAUUUCGGUACACCGCCGCGAUGAACGUCCAGCAGGCCCUACGCCUGGAGCACGCGGUGAACCGAGCGGACGCGAUCCUCCUUCGCAUGAGCAAGGACAAAAACGUGAAGCGACCGUCUUGGGACGAGGGGUGGCUCCUUGACUACACGAGCCCUGCCGCGGCGACGCAGGCCGACGUGGACGACGACCCCGAUGAGAGCUUCUCGAUCGCGCGCAAGAUGCUCCGGGAAAGUUUGAACAGGUUUCUCACUACUGGGAACAACGUCAACAUCCUCAAGACAUUCUGCAAGUGGUGCGACCAGCCGAAGCAAGCGGAGCCCACGUUGGCGUUCAAGGACAAGUGCUUGAAGAUCCAGCCUGGCCAGGCAGCAAGGGAGAUCAAGAAAGCCCCCGAGGUCAACUGCUACGCGUACAUGGACUUAUCCAUCAAGUACAAGCCGCCCGCGGCCGACGUGGACAGGUACGACCUCAUGAUGGCCACCCUGUACGGGGACGACGUCGAAUCAAAGGAGAUCGAAGUCCUUGGCGAGGCGCUGGCCCUCAUGCACAAGCGGCAGCCACCUCGC